UCUCUAUCUCUCUAGCUUUAUACAUAUAUCUCUUCUCUCUAGUAAUUUUAUUGCACACACUAAAUCUCUCUCUCUCACACGCAUUUAAUUAAGAUCAUGAAGGUUGAAGUACAGAAAAGAUAUGCUUUGCUACUAGCAGCAAAGGAUUCUGAGUAUGUGAAGGAAGUGUAUGGUGGCUACUUCAAUGUGUUUGUUGCAGCUUUCGGGGAAGAAGGAGAGAGGUGGGACUUGUUUAGGGUUGUUGAAGGAGAGUUCCCGGACAUGAAUGAGCUCCAAAACUAUGACGGCUUUGUGGUCAGUGGUAGCCCUUUCGAUGCCUAUGGCAAUGACCCUUGGGUCCUCAAGCUUUGCUUUCUUUUGCAAACCCUAGACUCCAUGCAUAAGAAAGUCCUUGGUAUUUGCUUUGGACACCAGGUUUUGUGCAGAUCAUUGGGUGGAAAAGUUGGGAAGGCUAACAGUGGUUGGGAUAUUGGGCUUAGAAAAGUGAAAAUUGUGAAAGAUUUCUCCCCAUGCAGUUUCCUUGAAGGCUCAGAAGAAAUCCCAGCAUCCCUUUCGAUCAUUGAAUGCCACCAAGAUGAGGUAUGGGAGGUUCCUGUGGAUGCUGAAGUGAUUGCAUAUUCGGAUAAAACCGGUGUGGAGAUGUACACCAUCGGAGACCACAUUUUAGGGAUUCAAGGUCAUCCAGAGUAUACCAAGGACAUUCUUAACAAUCUCAUCGAUCGUCUUCUCACAAACGAAUCUAUAGAGGUACGUACUAAUUAAGUUUGUUUCUUACUCCAUUAGUUUUUCAUAUAACUUCAUUUCCCUUUCUGUUGAGCUCAUUUUGGUUGCUUCAUUAAUUAUUACUUGCAGAAAGGUCUUGCUGAAGAGGCCAAGGCGAAAUUGCAGAUAGCCGAACCAGAUAGGAAGUGUUGGGGAAAGAUUUGCAGAGGCUUCCUCAAGGGCAGAUGAAAUUAACUAGCUAAUUAAUUGCAA